AUGGAAGAUAGCGGACCGCCGUGCAAGAGGUGCACUGAGCGCAAUUUAUCUUGUGUAUUGAACAAGAGUCUGCAGACUCUGAUUGAAGAGCGCUCACAAUGGAAAGACACUGUCAUUGGUGAUCUCGCCCAAAUCCACUCGUCACUUCAAGAGGCUCUUACAAAGUUAUUACUACCGCCUCUACCGCCCCUACAAACCAACAAUUCCAUCCCGCCAGAAGAAGCAAACUCAUAUGAAGUUGUGGACCGGGACGACGAGCCGCCAUCUUACGAUAAUUCUCCGCACCUCUCGCCGAAGGAAGAAGGACUGCCACAUGCACCCAUCGACUCCCUCUACCAAAUCACUCGCCUCAGAACCCUUCGCUCAGAUGACUCGCCCGACGAGCGCAAGGCAUCGAUCGACCGAAAUACCUCUAACCACGUGAACGAUUUCAUCUCCAGAGGACUCAUCAGUCUCGAGGACGCCGACCGUCUCGUUGGCCUCUUCAUCAACCGCAUCGACCACUUCAUGUACCGUAUCGGCGCCGGACCCUACCGCGACCUUGACAGUUUACGGCGUGGCUCGUCUGUCUUGACAGCAUGUAUAUGCACUGUCGCCGCACUGCACGAUCCUAACAGCAACCAUCUCUACGCAACCUGCGGCCGCGAAUUCCGUCGCCUCAUGUCAGCCUCCAUGUUCGAUCGACGUAUGGAUCAAGACUGCAUGCGCGCCAUGUGCGUUGCAUCAUACUGGCUGCACGAUCUCAGUUGGAUGUUAAGCGGCUACGCGAUCCGCCGAGCCAUGGAAGUCAAUCUGAGCAGCAGUUAUCAGCAAGUCUUGACCAGCAGCGAUCAAGAAGCCAUGAACAACGUGCGCAUAUGGUACGUGUUGUACAUUUGCGAUCGCCAUCUUUCCAUCCUCUACGGCCGCCCGUCGAUUGUCCGCGACGAUGUUAGUGUGAAUGGCUGGGAGGAAAUACUCCGAAGCCCUAUGUGCACCGAGAGUGAUAAGAGACUCGUCAGUCAAAUGGCUCUCCUCGUCAUCAUGGGAAACGCGCGAGAACUCUUCGGUCCAGACGCAGGCGAACCCAUCCCCAUCGCCUUCGCCCCGCAGUUCGAAAAGUUCAGCCAUCAGAUUGAUAAAUGGGUGGGAUUGUGGUCUUCUGAACUUCUGAAACUCCAUGAAAGCAUCGGCGAAUUCCCCACAAAAGGCGUCAUCCUGCACCACCACCUCGCAAAACUGCAUCUUCACUCACACGUCUUCCGCGGUCUGAAGGGCGCUCCCGUCCCCACAUACUUCCGCACCAGCGCCACCGCAUCCGUAACUGCCGCAACUGCCAUCAUCGAAACCGUGCUGACCGACGACGACAUCCGCGACGGGCUCGUCGGUAUACCGCACUACAUCCACUCAAUGAUUGCCUUCGCGUGCGUGUUUUUGCUGAAGAUAGCUGCGCAGUAUUCGGGGGUGUAUAUUGAGGACGCGGUUGUUUAUGACCUAACGACCAGGGCGGUCAGGCAGUUUCGUGAGACUCCCGUGGGCAAGUGGCAUCUUGUGCAUCUUAUGGCCGAGGGGCUGGAGAAGAUGUUGGUCAAGAAGACGAUGGGGAGGACAGUGAUGGCGGCGCAUGAUAUUGCUGCUUCGCCUGCGCCGCAACCUAUGGCGCCGACAGCGAAUGGCGAUGUCCUCUUUGGCGAGAACUUCGAGGAUGCGUUUAAUUUCGGCACGUCUUCGUUUUUGAACUUUGAUACGGGGACUCUGGAUUUGGACUUUAAUGGGUUCGGCUUCUAG